AUGGUAAGCCAGUUUGACGCUCUUCUAAGGUUUUAUGGGUUUUGCCGUUCAUUUCAGCGGUAAACGUUAGCAGAGGACGCCUUAGGACACGCUACCUUGAUAAAUAUGUUGCGUGAUGUCACUACCAUGACCCCAUCUUCAUUUUAGGAUCAAGCAAAUGAGGAAACACGAUAGGUUAUUUUCAGGACCGCUCGUUAAGCUUAAUAAUAUUAGAUGGGUAAACGAAUCGCCUACACGUCUAACGUUCGAACUGACUACAUUUGACGUCCAUCGUCAAACUGUGCGCUGUAAUAUGGGAGUUUUCCAGUUGGUCAUCCUUGUUAUUAUUGAUUUUUUCCUGUUAUCCAUGUUGUUUGCCGCCACAUGGUUGUCUCUCCUGGGUGACUGGUCCGAGCGUGGUGGAAGUUGGACGAGACUGUGGUGUUUAUACCUGGAGGUUGUGGGUAAGUUUCUUCUACGCGUCUCUGUUAUUUUCGUUAAGCCACGGAGAUGGCGCCGGUAUGAGGUAGUGAAAACCGCUUGAGAUACCCCGUUUGAGCACUGUUAGCAGCUUCUCCCUUCUGGAGAAGUGGUGGGCAGUUGAUGUUGAAUGCCUUGAGGUGGCUGUUCUUUAAAACCGGUCGAGUGACCAGCGGGUCCUACCGACCUCUCCCCGUCUAGGGCGUAUACUUCCGAGCAGAACCCUCGUGCAGCUUUUCUUGUGCUUUGGUUGAUGGUCAUAUAAAAGGCGAAAGUCCGAUUUGCGUUAGUGUUCUUUAUGUAUGCGACCGUUUCCCGAAUGUCAUACGGUGGUCUGUAGACGAGGACGUUAAAAAUUUGUUUUUUUCUCUGACCAAUUCGUCAUGUUGCAUUUAUAAUUGAAAGGUGAUAAAGGGAAAUUAAACCUGGAUUGUGGAUCUAGCCUUUUUCAUGGUGAUUGGGGAACUACCGUCAAAAUUUCGCCAUUAAUACGCCAGUUUAUAAAGAAGGUGAACAAACGAUCUCCGGAAUAGUAGGUGCGUUAGUAGUAGUAGUAGUAGUAUUAGUAGUAGUAGAAGUAGUAGUAGUAGUAGUAGUAGUAGAAGUAGUAGUAGUAGUAGUAGUAGUAGGCGUCUGCGACCGUCUCUGAUGAUGGAUUCGAGUGAGAAUCUGAAACGUCAGACCAAUAAAUUUCUUGUUCCAGUGAUCGCAUCUUCGUCUUCUGAGUAGUUUGACGAUGGCCUCCUGAACGUGACCAAACGCCCAGACUAAUACACCUACUAUUCCAGAGAUCGGUUGUUCAUCUUCUUUACAACAAGAACCUGGGAUUUGCAUAUUCGCUUCCAUCCAUGCCAAUUUAUAUCCCCGGAAAGCUCAACCUUCCAGCUCACUCUCAGCAUUAUUAACUUUUAUUGCCAGUUCCUCCCAAAAUUUGGCGAUAACAUUCUGGCGUACAAGACCCUCCUCUGGGGUCCCAAAGGUUGGUUCGAGCUCUUCGCAGCCACCCUCACACUUUUUGACAAGAAGAGGGAUGCCAUGGCUGACGCCGCACUCCUGGACCAGUCUGCUCCAGACGCAUCUAAUUUACUUAUUGUUAGUGCCUCCAACGCUGCGGUUCUCCUGCACUCUCUAGCAGGUCAGGCCCAACCCCUACGUUUCUUUUGCAAAAAGCUGUCUCCGCCAACUCGCGCUGCAGAAACAUUCAAGGGGAAGCUUCUGGCUGCCUACUUGGCCGUGAAACACUUCCAGCAUUUCCAUGAGGGCAAAGACCUUACUGUAUUCCCGCAUCACAACCCCCUUCUGCCGAGCAAAACACCUGAGUAA